AUGGAAGAAGAUUUUGAGCAUCACUCUGCAUUAGGAGAUGACAUUUUUGAUGCACUCAAUUCCUCGGAUAACGAAUUAGCAAGUGAUAAAAAAUUAAGUAAAACAAUACACGAUCUUUACGUUGGACCCGAUUUGAAACCUGAAACCUCCAACCAACCAUAUUCUGGUUUUGCACCCACGGAAACAAAUCCUUCUCAUUCUACAUUUAAACAGUCUGAAAUAAUGUUUCCACGUAUGCCCAUAUUAAACGAUGAUUUGAGUUACGAACCAAAGAAAACAACAAAUGCAAUCGACGAAUUUUUAAGUUUUAAUAAUCCAAACACGACUAAAGUUGAUAAGGGUGAAGAAAAUGGACAGGAAUCAUCUGAUUUUAAAAUGGGGGAUGAUAGUUAUUUAAACAUGGUAUCAAUGCUUAACGAUAACUAUCCGAAAAUCGAUUUAAAUGGAAUCAGCGUUGAUAAACCUGUCGAUGUUGUCGUUGGUCUACCUGAUCAUUUUGUUAUAAGAAAUUACAAUAUGACGGAUAAAAUUGACGGAGAAAAAAAUGAUAUAUUGAAUGAAAAUCGUUUUGGAAAUGAUUUCAUAUUGAACGACAAUGAUUUUUUAAACAAUUCAAAUUUGCUUACUGGAAAGCAAAUAACGACCGAAUCAUCUCGAGCAUUUGAAGGAAAUUCAAAUUUAAUCGGUGAUCACGUAUUAAAUUUAGAUUUUUCAAGCAGUCAAAUGUACGUAAAUAGAAAUUAUUCAAAUUUUAAAACCGGAAAUGGUAGAAAUUCCGAAAAUGUUAACGAUUAUAAUUUUGGAACCUCAGCAACAUUGAGUUUAAAUUAUGAAGAUAAUUCAUAUUGUUUUAUGGAAGAUAGAGAUAAAAAUUAUGAAACAUUUGCUGCGACUAAAUCAAUCGAAGAAAAUAAAACGCGAAAUCAAGAAUUAAAUUUUGAAGAUACCGGAAAUGGUUUGAAUGACAUUGAUUUAGUGGAACCUAAAAGAAAUUUAAACGGUUUGGUUGAUGAAGAUGAAUACAAAAAUUUUGAUUUUAAAUAUCAAAAUAAGAGAAUGGUAGAUUGUAACAAGGAAAAUAAUUUACAUUAUGUCAGGUACCAGCACCUGGGAGAUAGAAAUAUCAAGAUUUGGCAAUGUGGUGUUUGUGGAAAAGAUUUUAGACAUCAGUAUACCUUGACAAGGCAUCUUCCAACACACACCGAUGAAAGAAAUUAUAAAUGUGAAACGUGUGGAAAAGCUUUUAGACAGAUGUCAACGUUGAGCCAACAUCGUGCAAUACACUCCGAUGCACGUCCUUACGUUUGCGAAUUUUGCAGAAAAACAUUUAAUAGAGUAUCCACAUUGAUUUCACAUAAAAAAACUCACAGCGAUUAUAAACCGCAUAAGUGUCACAUAUGCGGAAAAGCUUUUCAUCAAAAAGGAAAUCUUAGAAAUCAUAUAUUUACUCAUACGAAUGAAAGGCCCUACAAAUGCGAUAUAUGUACAAAAGGAUUCAAUCAAAUGUCUAAUUUGAUGUGUCACAAGGCACACACGCAUUCUGAAAAAGGAAUGUAUCCUUGCAUUCGUUGCGGUCAAGUUUUUAACAAAAGAUUUUCGUUAAGAAAUCACGAAGAGUAUGUUCACGGUAUUAAAUACCCGAGUAGAGAUGUCAAUAAUGAAGAAAAUGUUAGGGUUGUUCAUUUACCAAAUGAUAAUAGAGGAAUUAUCGAACAGUUUGAUAAGGGUGGAAAACCUACGCCGCCAAAUAAAAGUCUUUUGCAAAGAUUGAAAAUAACUAAAACUUAUAUAACGGAUCGAGGAGUCGUCACUGAAAAAGUAUUAAAAUCAUUUAAAAACUUUUCAUUUUUCCUUUAUGAAUAA